AGUCACAGCCCACGAGGGUUUAUGACUUUUAUCCUUCGGACUGUGCUAAGGCCCCCGCAAACCGCCGCCACGGCGAGGUCGUGCCGCCGCCAUGUACGCCUCGCGCUCCCGCCACUUUCUCCUCAGCGUUCGAACCGCCAACCAUGGCAUCCUCCUCCGCAGCCCGACCUCCUACGUGUCCCCUACCGGGUGCGGCGUCAGCGCGCAGCGGCACUACAACCACCAGCAGCGGGAGGACGAGUGGGAGGAGUCCAAGGCGGUGAAGGUGACGGUCUGGUGGGACUUCCAGAGGUGCCGCCUCCCUCGCCGCGCCAGCCCGCGCCACCUCUCCCCGCGCGUCACGGAAGCGCUGCGGUGCGCCGGCAUCCGAGGGCCCGUCGAGAUCACCGCCUUCGGCGACGUCAGCCACAUCCCGCUCACCGAGCAGGAGGCGCUCGCUGACACCGGCGUCAUCUUGUCGCACGUCCCUUCCAGUGGAAAAGAUGGUUGUGGCCGAUCAUUCAUGUCUGAUCUUAUCUCUUGGAUUGCUCAGAACCCUCCUCCAUCUCAUUUCUUCCUUCUAUCGGGGGAUAAAGACUUCACAAACAUCCUGCAUCGUCUUAGGAUGAGCAAUUAUAACGUAUUGCUUUCUUGCCCUGAUUCUGGCUCCAAGAUGUUACGCAGUGCAGCAACUUAUUUGUGGACAUGGGAGGAUCUAGCUACAGGGGUGGAUCUCAAACCCAAAUAUUUAAAUCAUCCACCUGAUGGUUUAUCCAAUUCUUGGUAUGGUCAAUACAGUGAACCUGGUCGUGACUUUCUCCUGAAACCAAAGAACCCCAUGGCUUUACCAAGGAAAACCAAGGAACCUAAGGUUCCCAGAUUCGCUGUCGUUGGAAUUAAGAGAGUGCUGUGGUUUUAUCCUCAAGGGAUCAGUGUUUCGGAACUAAGAAAAGAGCUUAAAAGGAUUAAUGUGUAUAUUGAUGCAAGUGCAUUUGGCUUCAAAGAUUUCUCUGCUUUUCUCCUCUCCAUGUCUGAUGUUGUGAAAUUUAUAGAUCCUCUACCAGAUGAUGGAGGUCCUGCUGUGGUUGGGGUUUUCAAGAGAUCUGAGGAUUCUGCUCAAAGUCACAUUCAAGAAAAAUGCCACAAGGAAGGUGAGAGUGAGGAGCCAUCACCACGUCCAAAAAAGAGAACUCUUCAAGUGGAAGUCCCAUCAUCCCCACCAGAUGAGUCAUCUAGAGACAACAGGAAAGCACCUGGGUCUACUCAACGACCGGAGCCACCUUCCAUACAUGUGGAAGCUGAUGUUACUCGGACUGUGGAAGUUCCAUCACCACCGUCUGAUUCACCAUGUAUGGACCAAAGGAAUGAUGUAGCUGUUGAUCCUGUUAUGCAAACAGAACGACCAGUCAACUUGAUGGAAGCUGAUAAGGCGAAUGCUGCUGGUGGUCCUUCCUCGUCAGGGGGGCAAGGUAAUAUCAGCAAGAAAAGGGGUUUCUUGGAACGCAUAUCAUCUUUAUGGAAUGGCCAAAAGGAUUAGGUUUCAUGUCAUCUCUUCUAAAGCAUCAAUGAAUAAGUAGAAUAGAUAAUGUAGAAUAGUCGUUCAGAGGUGUAGUGACUACAGCACAGGAACAAGAUGAGUGUUCAUCUGAAUAUAUGCUUAGCAAAGCGAGAAUUGGUAUGGAAAGAUCAUUGUGUUUCUUUUCUUUUUUGUUUUUUGGGUGAGGAAGAGGAGUUUAUUAUUCAUGUAUGCUAAUCAAGGUUUAACAUAUGCUGUAAAAAGAGGAUUGUAUUCAUUUACUACUCAGUGUACGUAAAACCUUGUUUUCAUAAGGAUAGAUGCUAAUGCAGCGAGAUGUUCUCAUCUGAUCAGAAA